AUGUUUCGUCAUAAUUCUUCAUCAUCAAUGAAAUAUAUCUUAGUUACUGGUGGUGUUAUUAGUGGAAUUGGAAAAGGUAUUAUUUCAUCAAGUAUUGGUACAAUACUUCGUUCUCAUGGAUUUCGUGUAACAUCAAUUAAAAUUGAUCCAUAUAUAAAUAUUGAUGCAGGCACUUUUUCACCAUAUGAACAUGGAGAAGUUUUUGUACUUGAUGAUGGAGGUGAAGUUGACUUAGAUUUGGGUAAUUAUGAAAGGUUUCUUGAUGUAACAUUACAUCGUGAUAAUAAUAUAACAACAGGUAAAAUUUAUCAAUAUGUUAUUGAUAAAGAACGUCGUGGUGAUUACCUUGGUAAAACUGUGCAAGUUGUACCACACAUAACAGAUGCAAUACAAGAAUGGGUUCAGCGUGUUGCACAUAUAUCUGUUGAUGAAGAUAAAGCUGAACCAGACAUAUGUAUUAUUGAACUUGGUGGUACAAUUGGAGAUAUUGAAAGUAUGUCAUUUGUUGAAGCAUUUCGACAAUUUCAAUUUCGUGUAAAGAAAGAAAAUUUUUGUUUGGUUCAUGUCAGUCUUGUUCCACAACCAAAUUCAACUAAUGAACAUAAAACUAAACCAACACAACAUAGUGUAAAAGAACUUCGUGGUUAUGGUUUAACUCCUGAUCUUAUUAUCUGUCGAUCUGCUACACCAAUGCCAUUAUCAGCAAAAGAAAAAGUUUCAAUGUUUUGUCAAGUUGAUAAAGAUCAUGUUAUUUGUAUUCCUGAUGUAAAAACUCUAUUUCGUGUUCCAUUGCUAAUGGACGAAAAUGGUGUAUUUCAUUUUCUCUCUUCACGUCUUCAUUUAAUACCAAAAUCAAAUUAUGAUCAAUCACUUAUGAUAAAAUGGCGUGACCUAGCUGAACGAAUGGAACGACAACUUGAAGAAGUUAUUAUAGCUCUUGUUGGAAAAUAUACAGCUUUAGAAGAUGCAUAUGCAUCUGUACUUAAAGCACUUACUCAUGCUGCACUUUUUUGUAAUAGAAAAUUAAAAGUCCUUUUUAUUCAUGCAACUGAUUUAGAAGCAAAUACACAAAAAGAUGAUCCAGUUAAAUAUCAUGAAGCAUGGCAACAAUUAUGUAGUGCACAUGGUGUUCUUGUACCAGGUGGAUUUGGUUCACGUGGUAUUGAAGGUAAAAUAGCAGCUAUUGAAUGGGCACGUACACAAUCAAAACCAUUUCUUGGUAUUUGUCUUGGUCUUCAAUGUGCUGUUAUUGAAUUUGCAAGACAUGUUUUACAAUAUAAAGAUGCAAAUUCAUCAGAAUUUGAUAAAUGUGAACAUCAAGUGGUUAUUGAAAUGCCUGAACAUAAUCCAGGAAUUAUGGGAGCAACAAUGAGAUUAGGUCGACGAACAACUCAUUUUGUUACUGACGAUAGUAUUGUUAGAAAACUUUAUGGAAAUAUGGAUUCUAUUGAUGAACGUCAUCGUCAUCGUUAUGAAGUUAAUCCAAUACAUAUUGAAGCAUUUGAAAAAGCUGGAAUGAAAUUUGUUGGUAGAAGUGAUGAUAAUGAACGUAUGGAGAUUUUAGAACUUGAAAAUCACCCCUAUUUUGUUGGUGUACAAUAUCAUCCAGAAUAUAUAUCACGUCCAUUAAAACCAUCUGCUCCUUACUUAGGACUUAUUUGGGCUGCUUGUGGUGAAUUGAAAAAUGUUUUAAUACAUGUUACAAAACAACAAUCACCAACAGAUAUUACAAUUAAAUCUCCUAGUCCUUUUUCUCAUGCUAAUCUAUUUCGACAUACAUGA